CCCCUCCCAUAGUCCCAUUCCUCUGCCUAUCGCUCGGAUCCACCUCCACCUCUCUCCAGCAACCUCUCCCUCUCGCGCACGCCGCCGCCGCGAUGGGCCUCUUGGACGCGCUCUACCGCGUGGUGAUGCGCCGCAACGCCGUCUACGUCACCUUCGUCGUCGCCGGCGCCUUCGCGGGCGAGAGGGCGGUGGAUUACGGAGUCCACAAGCUCUGGGAGAUGAACAACGUCGGGAAAAGGUAUGAAGAUAUACCAGUUCUGGGGCAAAGGCCAGCCGAAGAAUGAGAGCAUUGGAGCUCAGACCACCCAGGAUGCUGCUUUCCAUGAAAUUAGAUUCCAUUUAAGCAACGAUUUUAUCAUUCCUUUUUGACAUAAUAACAACCAAUGUAAAAUCCAAACUCGUUCUGGGAGUUGCCACCCGUUCAGUUACUCAGCAUGCUGUGGGAGUUUCCUUAUGCAUGGUUAGAACCUGUUAUCUAGCCAGGGAUCGGCAUGUUUGGUCGAAAACUUAAAUGCCAUGAAUGAGAAAUGUUUUGUUGGCAACUGUGAUA